AGGAUGAGGAGCGCGCGGAGUGUGCAGCAGAUCAAACGGAGCCUUCAUCAUCCUCCUCUCCCUCAGCGCUCUGCGGGAAUCAUCGGAGCCCCUUUCUCCAAGGGACAGCACAGAGGAGGGGUGGAGAACGGACCGGACCGGAUCCGAGCAGCGGGUCUCCUGCAGCGUCUGCAGCAGCAGGGCUGUGCAGUGAAGGAUUAUGGGAAUCUGGUGUUUGAAGAUGUGACAGAUGAUGAGCCGGUCCGAGGUUCCAACAGGGUCCGUGCAGUGGGUAGGGCCAACCAGAGGCUGUCUGAGGCGGUGCGGGAGGUGAAGGAGGACGGAUGCACGGCCGUGAUGCUGGGAGGAGACCACAGUCUGGCCAUCGGAUCCAUCCACGGUCACUGGACCGCCGUCGGACCGUUGAGUGUCCUGUGGGUUGAUGCCCACGCUGAUGUCAACACGCCUCUCACCUCGUACACGGGCAACCUCCACGGGCAACCGCUGUCCUACCUGCUGCAUGAGCUGAGGUCAAAGAUUCCUGCUCUUCCAAACUUCUCCUGGAUGGAGCCGUGUGUGUCAGCCCAGGAUCUGGUCUACAUCGGUCUGAGGGAUGUGGAUCCAGCUGAGCACUACAUCCUGAAGCUGCUGGGGGUGAAGGUGUUCUCCAUGUCAGAGGUGGACCAGCUGGGCGUGGCCAGAGUCAUGGAGGAGACGUGUGACUACCUGUGCUCCAGAGCGAAGAAACCGAUCCACCUGAGCUACGACAUCGACGCCAUCGAUCCGUCCGUUACCCCGGCAACAGGAACACCUGUCAUUGGAGGUCUCACCUACAGGGAGGGCCUGUACAUCACAGAACACCUCUGUCAGACAGGUCUGCUGUCGGCGGUGGACCUGGUUGAGGUGAACCCUCUGAGGGGACAGACCGAGGAUGAAGUCCAGUCCACCGUCAGCACCGCUGUGGACCUGUUGCUCGGAUGUUUUGGACGUGUCCGUGAAGGAAACCACCAGGUGGACUACUGCCUACCUGAGCCGUAACUGACCUGUCCUACUGAACCUGAACUCACCGCACCUCA